GUGAACAGCAAAUAUUGGAGUCACCGCCCCCAUUCAAGUUCUCGAUGAUGCUAAGAUGAGAAAACACUGGACAGAAAAGCCACGAGUAGGCUACCUUGACUAAUAUGCCAUCUGCGAUACGCAAAAGUAUUGUUAAUUACACUAUUUAGGUGAACUAUGGCUAAACAGUACGACGUUUUAUUGAGGUUGUUGAUUCUCGGAGAUUCGGGGGUUGGAAAAACAUGUUUAAUACGCAGGUUCACGGAUAAUGAAUUUCACCCGUCGCAUAUUUCUACCAUCGGAGUGGAUUUUAAGAUGAAAACGUUGGAAAUCGACGGCCUCAAAGUCCGAGUUCAGAUAUGGGACACCGCUGGGCAGGAACGAUACCAGACCAUAACCAAGCAGUACUACAGGCGGGCACAGGGGAUUAUUCUGGUGUACGACGUCACCUGUGCUCAGUCCUUUCAGCACAUAGCAAAGUGGGCUAGCGAUGUGGACGAGUUUGGCCCUGACGGGGUGCAGAGGAUCCUGGUGGGGAACAAGUCUGACGGAGAAGACAAGAGACAGGUGGCAACACAACAAGGAAGCCAGGUAAGAGACAGGUGGCAACACAACAAGGAAGCCAGUUGGGGAAGACCUAUGACAUGUCCUUCUUCGAGACAAGUGCCUGUACCAACCAUCACAUAACCGAGGUCAACUGAUCGACCGGGCGACUUCUUCACUCCGCAGAUAUCGACACCGUCCUGGAAAACGGCUUUGUAACGUUUCCAUGUGUGUUGUCCUUUACAGGCCUUCACCCGGCUGACUGAGCAGGUCCUGCAGGGUCAGAGAACACACUACAGCUUUCAGGAGUCCAUAGGAGACUACCUCGACCUGGCUGCCCUGGAGGACGAGGAAGGAAAAGACGUGGAAACUACCACUCAGAAGGGCUGCACCUGCUAGCAGGGUAACCCUCCUAUGGACCGCUGCCCCCUAGUGGUGGAGGGUGUGUUGCACUGCCCUAUUCUGCUACGUGUUGACUUAGCCUAGCGUUUGUAAUAUGAGGAUGUUUUGUUCACCUGUAAAAGCUGCACCCACAGAGCUUCUCUGUGUUGUUCACUGUUGACAGAUAGGCCAUGGACUAUCUGUGGACUGCCAGCAUGGAAAGGGCUGUUGAAAGGCUUGUGGAGUUGGAUGACAUGUGAUAUUAUUGAUGUUAUUUUGAUGAUGACGAUGUUAUGAUACUACUGAUAUAUCAAAAAUGGGCCACUUUUGUUGCCGUAAUGUAUUUUUGAAAUGUAUUCAUUUGAUAAAUGUUUUAUAGCUGUUUCCACUGUCCCUAAUACGAGUGAUAAUUAAAAACCAACUGCUGUUAAACAACAAGCUGUCUUCCAUUUGAGGUGAGUUGUGAUGGUUAGAUUUCAUGAGGGCAAGAUUCCAUCAUGAAACUGUGGAAACCCAACUUAACUAAUAACGCGUGAAAACAAACCCAGCCAAUCAUUAUCAAACAAUGAUGGUUCAGUCACUUAUAAUUCUCAGAUUCUUUUUUAUUGAUGAUUUAUUUUAUUUUUGGGGGAUGUAGGUCUUGCUAGCUGGAAGUAAAAUAUCCAACUCAACAUGCUGUUCUUGUUUGCUGUCUGAUUUUCUAUUAUUUUCAAGGAUUAUCUUGGUGCCACUCAGUGUUGCAGUGAAUUGAUGUUUAAAAGAGUGAAACUGAUACAAAACUGUUUUGUACAUUUGGGAUACAAAAUAAAAGU